AAGGAAGCUAAUUUAAGUUCAAUGAAAAUAUAAUAAAUGACUGCCACUUAAUAGUUGUGAUCUCGUCAAGUCGAAGUAAUUUAUAGAAAUACCUUUUGGGAAGCGCAGUCAGGCCUGACGGCUUAGCACGCUAUCGCUGAAUUAGUAUGGCAAAUCGAGCAAAGAUUCCCAAUAGUUGUUCUUCAAGUGCUAGGCGAGAUACUCCUAAUAUGAUUAUGUGGCUGAAAAUUUGUGUUCUUUUGACGAUUUUGCCUUUGGGGAAAGGGAACUUUUUGUCUGGCUCAUUUAAUCUGACCCUCUACAGGCAAAUGCCCGCCUUGCAUUAUCUGGAUGACUACGAUCUCUGCCUGGAUAGUCCCUCGGGUAGCUACUGCCUGGUGUAUGUGGAGAUUUUACCCAAUGCUAGCUCUGCUUUGUGGCACCAAAUCAACGAGGUUUCGCUGGACUCCAAGCAUCGCUUUCGACAUGAUCGCGUAUUUAGAGGAGUGUGUUUGGAGAGGUGUAAGCAAAGUGUAAUUGACUUUGCUAAUUUGAGGGAGAAAGGGAAAGAAGAUAUCCUGGACAAGGAACUCCGCUCUUACUACGCCAAGGUGCACCGGCGAUCAGGGGAUUCAGAGGAGCGCCUCCUCUACGAAGAGUUGGUCAACAGCUGCCUUAAUCUUGAGUUCGUUGAGAAGUUUUCUUUAAGGGUUCGCAGCCUCAUUGAGUAUUGUGUGACGGCAGAUGAGCAAUUGGACCUAGAUGGACUUGAUCUUACGUUUUACGGUCUGCUGAUCUGUAUGGUCCUUCUAACUUUGUGCUCCUCUUUCCACGACUACCGAAUGAGCAAGAAAAAUCCACAACAGACUGAUAAUUUCUAUCGGGAGGCACCAAAUAGUCGUCGUGAGCAGCUCCUCACCUCCUUUUCAGUGCUUCGAAAUUACCAUCGACUGACCCAAUCGGUUGAUUCGGAUUUCUCGCGUGACGUGAGCUUCUUUGACGGAUUUCGCGUGAUCGGCGUGUUUGUGGUAAUCUUGGGCCACACGCUAAUGGUCUUUAUGACGGUGCCGAUAGAGAAUCCCGAGUACUACGAGCAAUUCUUGUUCAGAUUCGAGACCUCGAUAUUCCAGAACGGCAGUCUGGUUAUUCAGAUAUUUUUCGUAAUGAGUGGCUUUCUGCUCUAUGUGAAAUUCACCGAACGCCAAUUGAUUCAACCCACGACUGGCACCCUCGAUUGCAUUGCCGUGUACUUCCGUGUGUUUUUCUACAGAUACUUAAGACUCCUGCCCUCGCUCCUCGCCCUCAUCCUGUUCAAUGGAACUCUGCUAGUGCGGCUCCAAAACGGACCCUUCUGGCGGCAUCUAACCGAGGCCGAGCGGGUUUUCUGCCGCAGCAACUGGUGGAAGAACGUGUUCUUUGUUACCAAUCACAUGCUGGAGGAUAGUUGUUCCCAUCAAACUUGGUACUUGGGGGCGGAUAUGCAGCUAUUUGAGCUUUUUCUGAUCGUGAUUGUUAUAACCAAAAAGCAUCCCAAGCUAACAAAGACGAUCUACACAACUAUUUCGGCCCUCGCUUUAGCAGUGCCUGCAAUAUUGACUUACAUUCUUGAGUUGGAUGCUAUCUACCAUCUGCGCCCAGAGACCUAUCGCUACUUGUACUUCCGGCAUUCCGACACAUUCUACCAGAUGUAUCCGCCCUUUUACACAAAUUUAGGAGGCUUUCUAUUCGGAUUCCUCUGCGGACAUCUUUACCUCGAGCAGCGUUGCAGGAAAGUAGUGCUUCGGGGACUUCUUAAGUACGAACUGGCCAUGUGGCUGCUGGUGGCGGCCACUUUGGGAGUCCUUUUCUCAGGCUACAUCUUCAUCCGCCACGACUUUGAGAAGCCUUCUUUUUGGUUGGCCUUGUAUGCCGGUCUGCACAAGAACUUGUGGGUGCUGAUUUGCUCGGGUUUCGUGUUCCUCAUGUGCUGCAAGGUGGGAGGCGUGGCCUAUAAUUUCUGCACCUUGCCGGUUUUCCGGCCGCUGGCAAGGAUCUCAUUUCAGUCCUUUCUUUGGCACAUUGUAAUCCUGCGAAUAGUAGCGGGAUAUUUUAGGCAGCCGGUCUACGUGUCCAGCUUUUACCUGCUGUGCAACGUGCUGAGUGUCUUCUUGCUCACUCAAUUUGUGGCUGCCGCGGUGGCACUGCUGCUGGAAUACCCACUGGGAGAGGUGUUGCGCUGCUUGAUGGAGCCGGAGAAAGGUCAGAAAGAAAGCCAAUCGGAAAUUCAAAUGAGAGGCGCGCAGUCAGCUGUUUAA